GAAGACAAUAGAAAGGUAUGUAUGCAACCGUAUUCUUUUUCCUUUACUGAAGUGUUUCUCAGGUGCGAUAGUGACUUUGUACUAUCGGGUGCCUGUUAAAUGAAAUAUGACUUUCUUUUACCUCAAUUUCCUACUGCCAGACCAAGUGGUGUCCUGCCCCCGGUUGUAAAUAUGCUGCUGGCAGUGAAGGUUACGAUGUUUCCUGUCUAUGCUCUUUCAACUUUUGCUGGAAUCAUACAGAGGAAGCUCACCGUCCAGUAGAUUGUGGCACUGUUGCAAAGUGGAUCAUGAAGAACAGUGCCGAAUCUGAAAACAUGAAUUGGAUUAUAGCCAAUUCAAUGCCUUGUCCAAAGUGUAAGCGGCCAAUAGAGAAAAACCAAGGGUGUAUGCAUUUGACAUGUACACCUCCUUGUAAAUUUGAGUUCUGCCGGCUCUGUCUGGGAGCAUGGUCUGAUCAUGGGGAUAGAAGUGGUGGUUUCUAUGGCUGCAAUCGUUAUGAGACAGCCAAGCUGGAGGGAGCGUAUGAUGAGGCUGAGAGAAGAAGAGAGAUGGCGAAAACUCACUGGAGAGAUAUACUCAUUAUUAUGAACGAUGGGCGAGCAAUCAAUUCUGAAGGCAGAAAGCUCUUGCUGAUUUACGUCAAACGCAAGCUGUGCAUACAUAGGUUUGCAGCCCCCGAAGGGCUGGUGAAUGUGCUUAUCCUACUAUCUAGAUGCUCGGGAUCGAGUCAUGCAUGUAACCCUCUGAUGAGGAUGGCGUACCUUUGUCCAAGCGACCCCAUUCAUAGACUUAAGCUAAUAGGCCAAAGCUUUGUUGGGAUUGGGGAAAAGAAGAUGAGAGAGAGGGUGGCGGGAUUAAUGGUUGAUGCGGGGAUGCAUUUAAAUAUGAUAUUCUCCCCUCACGAGUUUUUGAGUUUAACCCCAUUUUCCACGGCCCCCUCUCCGCUUCCACCCCUCUUCUCUCUCCCCCUCCCUUCUUUCCAAACACAGCCUAAGCCUCAGCUUUGAUAUAGGUGCUGUUGGGGUCCCCAGGUGGCAUAUGUUUCCUACCGUUGUUGUUAUUGCUUGGCUGAUGCCUAAGCUCAUCGUCGUGUUUAAGCUUUCUGUACCCUUCAUACAUGACUUGUGAAGUCUGAAUAACAAAGUUUAGAAUUAAAUGUCAAAUUUUUGCCUAGGUGCCAUCUUGUUUGUCACUUUUGCUCCCUGCUUUUUUUAUUUAUUGUAUAAAUGUAAAAUGUAACAUAAGUGGCACAGAGGAUUUAGCCUGUAUAUCUAAGAAAUAGCUUGUUCUGUCUUACCUUCCAGUUUUACUUACAUUAGUGGCCAAGUACCAAGGUUCCUCUAUAUCUGCAAGAUCACUCUGUAGGCCCUUGAAUCACUCUUUUUCUUCCUCUAUCCGCACUAGCCAAAAAAUUGUAGAUAGGGUCAUUUGUGGUUUCUUCCGUUUGUCUUUUCUUUGAUCCAAUGCCUGCUGAGAAAGUUGUAUGAGGGAUCUUUUCCUUCCAGUGAUCCUCUUAAAGGAUGUGUGCUCAAAAUUGGGUCGGUGAUUGUUAGUCAUCUGCUGAGUCAUUUUGGAAGAAAAAAAUGGCCCGUGUUUACUUGAUUCAAUUUUUUAACAAUCCAUGCACAGCACAAUUUUGUACUGUGAUCUGCACUCCGAGUAUAAAUUAAGUUAAAUAAGUUCCAGCAUUCAGGGUUCUUCUUUUCAUUUAAUUGUUAAUAUCAUUGUCAACAGACUUAUAUUUGCCCGGAAAGAGAAUGGACAGACUCUUAAUUUCAAAGAGCAAGAUGCGAAUAUAGUUAUUAUACGAAUUCCAAAUUUAAUAAACUUAACAUGAUCGUUUUAACAUAUCAUCAACGGUCAAAUUUUUUGGAUGUGGACGUUUGUUUGGUGACAGCUAGAAUUUGUUUUGUUAUCCCUUUGGCAUAUCUUUCCGAGGGCUGCUUCUUGGAAAAGCUGCAGCCUGCAGGAGCUUUGAGCUCCUAUAGACUUUAGGGCAAAAUGAAAAUGUGUGAAAUGUGAGACUGGCAAACGCAACAACACUGUGUAGCUGAUCUUGGGGAUUUGCUUCUUGGCUAUUGUGUUUCGAAGCAUUUUUAGCUCUAUCAUUUUGGUGAAAAGAAGUACCCGCAACGACAAGAUGUGUGACCAUUACCAGGCAUCAUCUGUGUGUGUGUUUUGUCUUCAGCUGAAAGAUAUCACUCUGUUGGAAGUAUUUCUUUGUAUUAACUGUGCACUUUCGAGAUGUACAUGCUUUUACUCCCGUGCCCUCUGAUGUCGUUUGAUGAAUGUGGACAU